GAAGAAGACACGGGAAAAGAAGAAGAAGCAUGCUGGAAUUUUCCCUGUUUAUUUUUGAAGGCUAAGUGAAACUACUUAAAUAAUAAAACAUACAUUAUAUUAACAGUCUACUUUCAUCUGAAGGAUAUGCAACGCGAUCUUUGAGGCAUGAAGAAUUGACAUCGUUGUUUGGGUUUUCCCUGAGCUGAGGCCUCGAAGAAAACUUAAUAAAAAUAACAUAAAAAUAAAUAAACUUUAAGACGAAAGUUAAACGCAUCAUUCAACAUGUCAUAUCGGCGGGGUCAAAGGUCAAUCAGAGAACAAUACGAGGAGCAAUUCUCCCCUGAUAAAAGAGAGGUGACGGUUCAUCGAGUGGUCAAUAUUGUGGAAAAGAGGAAAUUGGGACCUCGGCCAGGCUUGGAGUACGACAGAGAGUUUAAUGACCCCCAGUGGUAUGGCGGUCCUCAACAUUACCAGGAGGCAAGGGGAUAUUAUAGUGAGGACGGUUAUCCACCAAACGAUGAGCAAUUCUUUGAUGAAAAACCCUACUAUGUCAAUUUUCAGAGGAAUUCAUCACAGCAGCAAAUUGGGGGCCCAUACUCCCAAAAAGGUUUUGGGAAAGAUGACUUGAGACAUCAAUUAAGCUCGAGGAAAGGCAACAGAAGUCAUAGUCAUUUCCAUAAGAGAGGAUGUCGACCAGGCUAUGCUCAAAGAGAUGACCGGGAUGACUUUAGGGCCAAUAAGUCAUUAGUAAUUACCCGCGAACGCUCUCCUAUAAAGAAGGAGGCCCCCUCAACUCCUGCUACAAGCAGAAACUUCUCUCCUGACAGAGAAAAAAGCUGCAACUACCAGCAGGCUCAGCAGAAGCAGAAGUCCAGUGCAGAGACCAGCCAAUCUGCCAGCAGCUCCAUUACAGAUUCUCCUCACAGUUCUUCAAAGGACCAAACUUCAGCAUCUGUGGCAGAGUCAGAGGAGGUGGCGGCUGCCAGCGCGGAGCCAAAAUUGACACCAGAGGAGGACUUAAAGGCUCGCCGCUUGGAGGCCAUUAAGGCAAAAGCAGUGGAAAUCGAGAAGCAUUACAAGCAGGACUGUGAAACUUUCCGCACAGUGGUGAAGAUGCUCAUCGAUAAGGAGCCCGGUUUGGAAAAUAGCCUGGAAGCUCCUCUGGCUAAAAACCUGGUGGAAAUCAAACAGCACUGCCUGGAUGCCCUGAAAGGCUUCAUAUCAGAGCUGGAUGAGAUCUUGGAGCAGCCAGAAAGCUCGUCUUAAGCCGAACAUCAGUCCGCUUUGACAGUGACAAUGAGGACUCCUAUCACCUUACUACUCAAAGGAAGUAAACCAAUCUUUGGUUUACGAGCUGUUCAUUAUUGUAUAUAGUUCUUUACAUAAGAGAAAAAGACCAAAUAAACAUUUUAUCUAAGAUUCUCUACUGAUAUUUCAUAGUUUUGCAUUGUAUUUCUUUGUGUCACAUUCAGCUUGUAACAUCUUGGCAAGUCAAAACCCCAGUCUGAUGAAAAUGAUGUUUUUGUUUUUUACAUGUUCUUGUAGCAAUUUUCUGAUGAUGAUGGACACGUAUAAAGAAAAUGUAUCCUAAAAUGGCAUUUCUAAGUAUUUCUUUUUCUCAAAUUGUUGGGAAUCCGAAGCAGAUACAAAACUACCAUUGGAAAAAGCUUGUUAAUGUGUUGUACAAGUUACUACAGCAAGCUCCCUGCUCCGCUCCAUUCCAAUGCAUCCACUUGUAUAUAACUAGAUCCAUUUACGUCUUUGUUUUCCCUGUCCGAGCUGGCAUCUGGAUCAAAACUGCACCGGCAAUGCUAGCUUGGGGAUGUGAGGGGCUCUAAUGUUGCAGAAGAGCACGUAAGCAGAAAGACAAAAUGGAAAUGGGGGGGGGGGGGCUUACUCCACGCCAAUAGUCCUGCCCACAACUCUAUUCUACGAAUUUCUAAUUUACUACUGCAGCUCUGCAGAAACUUUCCUUGAAAAUAGUUUUGUUUUUUUAUUUGACUAAAAAUGGCUCAAUCGUAAUUGAAAGACCACUGGAAAUACUUUGAAAAUCGAUCAAACUUUUGACACAAGUAUUAACUAAACUGUAUCCAACAGUGUGAUCUAGAGGUCGUGAUUACAUAAUUCUGCUUGUGAGUUUCAAUCUUUAUAUUCAAAGUGUAUUAUUUUAGAAAUAAAACAUUGCACCAGAAAA